AUGUCGAUGUAUCCAGCCCAUCGUGGCAUGGGGGCCGUUCCCCCGGCCAACGGCGGCGUCGCAGCUCGUCUAAAUGAGCUGCUCGACCAGAUUCGCGCCGAGUUCGACCAGCACCUCCGCCAGACCGAGGGGUUUGAACAUCAAAUCCAGGCUCAGGUCCAGGAGAUGCAGAUGAUCCGCGAUAAGGUCUACCAGAUGGAGCAGGCCCAGAUCGCCAUGAAGCAAAAGUACGAGGAGGAGAUCGCCAUGUUGCGCCGCCAACUGGAGAGCCGUGGCGGUCCUCCGGGCCCCAUGAACCCCCCUCAGCACGUCGGUCCCCCGCAGCCCCCUCCGCCGCAAAUUGGUAAUCCGGGCAACAACGGCGUCAUUGGCGCCAUUCUCUCGGGCCAGGUUGGCCAGGGCGGCCUUGCCCCUCCUCCGCACCCGGAGCAGCAGCAACAGCAACCCCCUCACAUGCCUCCUGCUCCCCCGGGCAUGCAGGGCCCUCCUCCCCCGCCUCCUCCGCCGUCUCAGCAGCCUCAGUUCCAGGGCCAGUAUCCUCCGGGACCUCAGCCGGGCGGCUUCCCCUCCCAGCCCCCGCAGAGCACCGCGUCUCCGGGCCCUGGCAACAAGCGUGCCAUCGGUCGCCCCCCUGCCGGCCCUGCGACCCCGCAAAUCAACACCCCGGUCCCGUACAAUGGCCCCGGCCAGUCCCCGCAGGUCCACACUCACCCGACUCCUGACCACAGCCGGGCUUUGGUUCAGCAGCACCCUCCUCAGCAGCACGGCCCGCCGCCGCCGCCGCCGCCGCCGCCUCCUGCUAGCAACAACCUGAGCGAGCUUGACCCCGAUCGUCUUCCUAACCACAUAAAGAAGGUUCGGGAUGACUGGUGGGUCAUCUUUAACCAGGCCGUUCCCCGCGUGCUCGAUGUCGAGCUGGUGCACACCCUUCAGCACGAGAGUGUUGUCUGCUGUGUGCGCUUUAGCCAUGAUGGCAAGUACGUUGCGACUGGCUGCAACCGGUCGGCUCAGAUCUACGAUGUGGCCACCGGUGAGAAGGUUUGUGUACUCCAAGACGACAGCAUCGAGAACAACGGCGACCUGUACAUCAGGAGCGUCUGCUUCAGUCCUGAUGGAAAGUACCUUGCUACUGGUGCCGAGGAUAAGCUCAUCAGGGUGUGGGAUAUCCAAACCCGGACUAUCCGGAACACUUUUGAGGGUCACGACCAGGACAUCUACUCGCUUGACUUUGCUCGCGACGGCCGUACCAUCGCGUCUGGUAGCGGCGACCGGACCGUGAGACUGUGGGAUAUCGAGACCGGCAUGAACACCCUAACGCUUACGAUAGAGGACGGCGUUACUACCGUCGCCAUCUCGCCCGACACCAAGUACGUCGCUGCUGGAUCGCUCGAUAAGAGCGUCCGGGUCUGGGAUAUCAAGAUGGGCUAUCUGCUCGAGCGUCUUGAGGGUCCGGACGGCCACAAGGACAGCGUCUACAGCGUCGCAUUCUCGCCCAAUGCCCGCGAGCUUGUCAGCGGCAGUCUCGACAAGACGAUCAAGAUGUGGGAGCUCACUGCUCCCCGCAGCGUCAACCAGCAGGGUCCCCUCAAGGGCGGUCGUUGCAUCAAGACGUUUGAGGGUCAUAGGGAUUUCGUCCUCUCCGUCGCGCUCACCCCCGACGCUGAGUGGGUUCUUUCCGGCUCUAAGGACCGCGGCGUCCAGUUCUGGGACCCGCGCACCGGCCAUACUCAGCUUAUGUUGCAGGGCCACAAGAACUCGGUCAUCUCGGUCGCGCCCUCGCCUGUCGUCAGCCCCACCGGCGGUUACUUCGCUACCGGCUCCGGCGACAUGCGCGCCCGCAUCUGGAGCUACACCCGCCUGGAUAGGAGGCAGUAA